ACUGCUUCAGUUAACAGAUCGGAAGGAGAUUGUUCAGGAAAAGAGAAAUCGAACCGCUUGCCUUGCCGUGAUUUUUUAUUUUUGUUGGCGUGCGCCCUGACUACAGAGAUGGAGUUUGGCGAGAGGAAUUCUGUGGAAUCCAGUGGCGCUGGUGGCGGUAGCCAGAGCCGCUUGGCUGCAGUGCGGGCCGCGCCAUGCGUCCCUGGCAGAGGCGACACACACACCUGCUCCUCUCGCUGGGCCCUACCUCGUUAACCAGCCCGCUUCACUGCUGUCCCACUCGCUCUUUCCCCGACUCUCUCGCUCUCUGGAUUUACCAGCGACCGUCUGCGCAGGAUUGACUUUACUUUUCCCCCGAAACAGAGACAGGAUAAAUAACACCUGACAGACUGAUCCCUUUCUGGAAUGAUGGAUGUGAAUUGAAAAAUUAUACCCGCUUUUAUGUGUGAUUUACAAGGAAAAACAAACAAAAAAGGACUUCUCAAAACUCGAGAGCUCCAAGCCCCCCUCCCCCCCCCGCAGGGCGAAUCCCCAGGUGAUGUUGAAUAAUGACCGUGCCACAUCAUGAGUCUCCUGUGGCAGGUAACUGUGUCCCGUACCUGGAACGCCGCCCUGCUUUUCGUGGUCUACCUGAUGGUGCGAGCGUGGAGUUUGUGCGCUGCGUCGUCGGCCGCCUCGUUGCCCCACUCCUGCCCCGCCGUCUGCUCCUGCAGUAACCAGCUGGGCAAGGUGGUGUGCACCCGCCGCGGCCUGACCCGUGUGCCCCUGGGCAUACCGCCCAACGCCCGCCACCUCAACCUCAUGGAGAACUCCAUUGAGCUCAUCCAGGCAGACACCUUCCGGAACCUUCAGCACCUGGAGGUCCUGCAGCUGGGGAGAAACGCCAUCCGGCAGAUUGAGGUGGGGGCCUUCAACGGCCUGUCUAGCCUCAACACCUUGGAACUCUUCGACAACCGGCUGACGGUAAUCCCCAGCGGGGCCUUCGAGUACCUGUCCAAGCUGCGCGAGUUGUGGCUCCGGAACAAUCCGGUGGAGAGCAUCCCGUUCUACGCCUUCAACCGUGUGCCGUCGCUGAUGCGGUUGGACCUGGGCGAGCUUCGGAAGCUGGAGUAUAUCUCGGAUGGCGCCUUCGAGGGGCUCCACAACCUCAAGUACCUGAACAUGAGGAUGUGCAAUUUGCGCGAACUUCCCACGCUGGGCCCCCUGGUGGCACUGGAGGAGCUGGAGGUGUCAGAGAACCACUUCCCGGUCAUCCGACCUCGGUCGUUCCGGGGCCUCCGGACGCUGAAAAAACUCUGGAUAAUGAACUCGCAGGUGAGGCUGAUCGAGCGCAACGCCUUCGACGACCUGACGGCCCUGAUGGAGCUGAACCUGGCCCACAACAAUCUGAGCUCCCUGCCCCACGGACUCUUUGCCACCUUGAGGCACCUGGUGGAGCUGCACCUGCACCACAACCCCUGGAGCUGCGACUGCGAGGCGGUGUGGCUGGCCGGGUGGGUGCGGGAGCGCAUCGCCUCCAACUCCACCUGCUGCGGCCGCUGCCACACCCCGGCCCACAUGCGCGGCCGCUACCUGGUGGAGGUCGAGCCCGGCGGGUACCGCUGUUCCGCCCCGUUCAUCAGCGACGCUCCCAGGGACCUGAACAUUUCGGCGGAACGGGAGGUGGAACUGAGGUGCCGGACGUCCCCCAUGUGGUCCGUCCGUUGGCUGCUGCCCAACGGGACCAUCCUGACCCACGGUUCGAGCCACCCGCGGAUGGUGGUGCUGAGCGAUGGGACUCUUACCUUCUCCAACGUCCUGCCAGGGGACAAGGGCACCUACAUCUGCAUGGUGGCUAACUCCGCGGGCAGCUCCAACGCCUCCGCCUUUCUGAACGUCAGCGGCGGGGAGCUCAACACCUCCAACCUGAGCUACUUCACCACCGUCACCGUGGAAACGCUGAGCCCCACGGUCAAGCCCGGCCCUGCCACUCCCCCCGUCAACCCCAAAGCCCCGAACUCGCCAGCGGUGACCGCCUCCCCCUCCGUCUUUCAGCCCGCCUUCAUCUCCACCCCGACCGUCCUCCUCCACAGCACCCUGCUCCCCAUCCCGCCCUCUGGCUCCACCCCCAGUCCUGGCCCCACGGCCAAGGGCAAGCAGCCCGACAGCAUCGACGAGGUCAUGAAGACCACCAAGAUCAUUAUCGGCUGCUUCGUGGCGGUGACUCUGCUGGCCGCCGUCAUGCUGAUUGUCUUCUACAAACUACGCAAGAGGCACCAGCAGCGCAGCACGGUGGGGGCAGCCAGGACCAUAGAGAUCAUACAGGUGGACGAGGACAUCCCACCUCCGGCCUCGGCGGGCGCUGCCACCUCCAGCAUACCCGGGGAGGGAGCGUUGCUGCCCCCUGCAGUUCGGGAGCACAACAGCACCUUCAAAUCCUCCUAUAGCACCUACACAGGAUCACACACCACGCCCUGGGCCGAGUACAGCCUCUGCAACUCGCUGCCUCGAUCCAGACCCAGAGAAAUCAUCACUGUCCCUGACACCUACAGCUUAAAGACUACCGCCAAGGACAGGGUGCAGGAGACACAGAUAUAAAAACUCCAUGCAAUAUGAUGCAAGACACACUCCCACACACAUUCGCAUGCACACACACACACACACACACACACAUACACAAACACACAGCAGCUUCUUUUGUACAAAGUGCAAAACUGAGACUGUUUUUUUUUUUUUCGUGUACAUGCUUAUGUAAUGUCAAUACAUACGUAAAUACACAACGUACAUUAUAUAUAAAUGCGUAAAUAUAUAAAUAAAUGUACUACGGGCUGGUUACGAGAAGCAGAUGGGGAAAAUUAAAUCUAAACUAUUUUCUGACUUGUAACUUCUAUUUAAAAAACGAGAGUUGUUUAAAAAAAUCUGUCAUAACUUUGUGAAAGAAUGGAGAACGUGUUUGAAAAAACGGGCUUUGUGUAAUUUUUAGAUGAUGCAGAGAAUAUCGAUUUCUACAGAGAACUCUUUCUAAAAACAUUAAUGAAAAAGCCCCCUAAUCAACCUUUACUGGUUUAUCUUGUAAAAAAAAAAAGAAAGCACCAAGAAUUUGUACUGUGCCAAAUGUUAUAAAACGCAAUAAAGGAUUUUUUGGAAGAAUUGA